AGACGCGGCUUUCAUCGGAUUCGCCACGCGAUACCUCGGCCUUAAAACGGAUCCAUCGUACUGUGUCUCAUCCUUCUUCUUGUGGGCGCCGGUGGAAUCGCGUCUCAGCAUGCUAUCUUUUCAGCGGUUCACCUUCGCGCUGAUGCUUGAUACUGCAACUCGACCUCCGUCUUCGAAAACGCGUUAAACCGAGCGCUCUGCCCUCAGCUGAGAAUUUCUUCGACAUCGCCGUCCUCGGGACUUUUGCCCUCCCACCCUUCUUGUCUCGAUAUGGCCAUCGAUCCCGUUGGCAUUUGUCGGCCUCCCGUCCAGCUCUCGCCCACAGCGCUUCGGACACCACCCCCACGAGCCCAUUCCCCGGACCGAUCGUCCGUGCCGAACUACCAGAUCCUUGAUCCCCUCCUCCGUAGUCUCUCCCCCGAAUCCACGCUCAAUGCGCUGUCCUCAACCGAUGCCGUCCCUCGGAAUGAGAAGGCGGCCCACGAUAUCCUGUCGCGAAGCAUCUCCCAGGUCUCUCCAGCCGAACGAGCGCUGGGAAUCCGCGCGGCCGUAGCGGCGCAGCAUCUUCACCUGUGGUACAGAGAAAUCCAAGCGUGGUCCUGGCCGAAGCGAGCCGAUGUGCACCUGGGGAAGGGUUUUGUCCCCCCGACCGAUUCCGCGGAGGAGCAUUAUGGGGGUCUUCCGACGGCUGUGGUCGCCGAACACGAAAAGCGCAUCGAGGAGAUUCGGGACGGCUUGGACGGCUUGGAUGUCGAUGAGCUGAAAGAACACGUGCUAAAUGCCCACAUUCCAGCGCGGUCUCGGCCGUCGUCGGCAAACAGUACCGUGUCUGUGCCGCCUCCCCUUAGUUAUGUACAACUAAGCGACUUUACCACCGUCAUUACCGCCACCAUCCUCCGCGUUCUGCCCCUCCUAUCGCGCCUGAAUAGCCUUCUCGCCACGUGGGAUGUGCGACUACUAGUCCUUCGCCAGGUUCCGGGACUCUUGCGAGGUCUGCACCGGGCUCAGUCAGAACUGGAAUCAGCCUCGGCGCUGUUAAAGUCAUCGGACCCCCCGGGCGAAGAGGAUGUCCUGUAUUCGAGGGCAAACUACCACGCGAAGCGCGUGGCCUUGGAAUCCGCCGUCCUGUCCGCCGGUUGUAGAAUGGACCGCCUCCUGGAUGCGCUCGAGGGCCGAGAAGACUCGUUACCCGAAAGUUGGAUCGAUGACCUGGAAGCCAUCGAGGCGGAUUUUGGGUCUUGGGUCAUGGAGGCGGAAAAACGCGCCGUCGAAAAUGAAUGGCGCCGCAUGCUAGCCAACACCAAGAAGGACGCGAUGCAGCAGGAAUUGAGCCAAGGCUCGCCAGCUAAAUCGAUAAGCAAGGGCGAAGAUGCGGAGCGAUCAGUCCGUGCUGCUUCCGAGCCUGUCUUGCAAACCGCACGCCCUUCCCAUAUGGAAACCAUCGUGGAAGAGGUUCUUAGCCCCGUUGAAUCUGUUCGAUCCCGCCAAUGUCAUGACUAUCUGAGUGUUGCGCCUGCCCCAACCACGGUCGCUCCUAGUGUCCUCGAGACGCCCCCUUCUCCGUCCGAUCGUUGCGCGCCCCAGCCCUCUCUCGAAGACCCAAUCACGAAGCCUCGAGAAUCUCCCGCUACUUCUGAGCCUGUGGUGGAUAAUGACGCCAUUGCCGAUUCUACUUCUGUGACUUCCAGCUCAGAUUCCAUAAAUCCCAGAUCCGUAUCCUCCCCGCAAUCACAUGAAGACCCUGCUAUGAAGGAGGAGUUAGAUCUCUCAAAUGACGACACCGAUGCUACUAAUUCCCCUACAACAAAUACUCCAGACUCAAGGCCCACUGGUCCCGAAUCAUUUCAAAACGAGCCUCGAUCCCGAGAGACGCCAUCAAAGCCUGUCGUUCACGAAAGGGAUACCACUCCCUAUAGUCCUCUCGUGUCUGAUGCUGCCCCGGCCUCGGAAUUAUCUAGAAGUCAGCAGUCCCCGGUUGAUCGGAACACGACCGUUGUCGCGGAGCUUGCACCUGUCCUGGCGAAUGAAGACAAUGCGACAUCGGAUGAUUCUUCGUUGCGUAACGAACCGGCGCAUGUGGAAGAAACUUCGCUGCCAGUCGAGACGUUUUCCGAAGACUCUGUCUGCAGCAUGAAUGAUGAUCAGUCAUCGUCUUCGGAUCCCAACGAAGCGGAACGUACAUCGGAUCUUUCUCAAUCGCAGCCUGCUGUCCACAGGGAACCAUCCUUGGACCAGGAGGACUAUGUCAGAGACUCCGAACACCAGUCUCCGCUGGAAAGUACUUGUCUUCCAGCGGUGCAGGAUCAGGUCCCUCCCACCAUUCAGACAGACGCUCAUAGCGCAACGCAACAUCCCGACAGCAUCGCGAAUGCCCUGCCUUCUCCCACGGCGGUUAAACCGGAGACUACUCCAGAGUCAGCCGCGUCUGGAAUGGCCCAGGCCAAGGACAGUCCUCGUUCGCUCGAUGAUGCCCCCAAUCAGUUGCAUGUCGCAUCGACCGACGAGGCAACAGCGCUGCCAUUUGUGACAGCCCGAACCACGCCCGGUGAGGCUCGUGCCAUCAACUUGGGCGCUCAGCGCUCUCGUCUGUCUGUUACUCCCCCGCCUGAGCGUCACCAGAACUCGGUGUCCCUAGUUGAUGACAAGAAACAUGAGACCGCCGCAGGCGACGGGCAUGAAAAUGAGGCUCCAAACCGGCGACCCAAGAAGCCACUGGAAAGCCCAAUCAAGCUAUCCACAGCCCGGCCAGAUCGUACGAGUCUUGGUCAAAAUAUCAAGCCUCGCGUGCGGCGGGAGUCCAACAUCUCCGCUGGGACCUCCGAUUAUCCCUCGCUGGUGUCUAGCCCAGACAUUCGGGAACCGCGGACUACGUCAUCAAACGGAACCCCUCUUGCUUUACAGACACCCCCCCACAUUCAGCCUAACUAUCGCGCAACUAGCCCUACGCCGCCGAAGAGUGCUCACACGCUGCGGGAAGACCGCCUGGUCCGCCUCGACAGCCAAAAGAGGACCCCCCCGACGGCAUUCAAACACAACAGAGCAUUGAGUCUUCCCCUUGAGCGCUUCAUCAACGAAAGCAUGAAUUUCGACUACGACCCCGAGAGUGGUGACGAUGCGGACACUUCUCCAGCCGCUCAAAGAGCCACCAGAGCGUCUGCUGAUCUGUCUUUCCAGACGGAGCGACGGCCAGUAGACUCACCCCACCACAGAUCGUCGACACCGACAAAUGGUCCUCGGCGUCCCGCCAGAGGUCGUCUGGAGCCUCCUCUUGAAGAGACUACGGUGCAAGGAUCGGUUAACUCCCACAAAAAGCUCCUCAAUCCCUGGGAGCACAAUAAAAACGCCUUUGUUAAGAAUUCUUCAUCUGAGGCCACGCACCCAGAACCCGCCGUUGCCAAACACUCGACUACCAAAAAAUUGCGGAAACAGCUGACAGCUCACCCAAGCCUUGAAAGCAUUGGUUCAUACAAAACUAAAUCGCGGCCCGCUGAACAAGCCCCGGCGUCUUCGGCACGCAAGACAGGCUCCCGAUCCUCCACUCCCACCAACCAGUUGAGGAAACCACGAGACCAUCUGGAUGAGAAGAUCAGCUCUAUCCUCACAACCAUCCCCACACGUAUUCGUCUGAUGUCGUCCGAAGAGCAUCCCAAUGAUGGCCGUUCCGCGAGCUCGUCCCUGCCCCUGAAGGCAAGAGAGCGCUUCCGUUCCGUGUCCCCUUCGGGCCCUCCAUCGCGCAGCAGCACCCCUGCUCCCUCCCUCAUGCUCACGCCAGCAAUGCCACGCAGAAGACUGUCUCAUGCGCCGGAAGAGGGCUCCGUGAAACUUUAUCAUCUCCACCAGAACGGAAAGUCUGCCCCAACCAAGCUUUUCGUGCGAGCUGUAGGCGAGAGCGGCGAACGUGUGAUGGUGCGCGUUGGGGGUGGAUGGGCCGAUCUAGGUGAAUACUUGCGAGAGUAUGCGAUCCACCAUGGCCGUCGCCACGUCUCAGAGACCCCCCGCGUCGAGGUUGAAGGGAUAUCCUCUCGCGGUUCCACUCCAACUGGCUCCCCAGGGAAUAGAUACAGUCCUAGUGGCAAUGGCCGCACCACCCCCUCUCGACCGCGAUCCGUCAUCAGCAACCGGCCCGCAUCGUCGCUAGACGUCCGCAAAAAGCGGCGUCCGUCUAACGUCUCGGACGUCACCGAUUUCAGGGCCGCCAGUGCCGGGGAAGCCCUGAACCUGUCCUUUUCUCCCAUGUCGUCUGUCUCGCGCAGACGACUCUCCGUGUCUUCGAACGCUUCCUUCGGCGCUACAUCCUCUGUAAGCGAAGCCCGCCAUGGCUCUCCUGCGGUUCCCCUCGGGCUCGCGGGCCCGACACCCCGCUCCAGACAGGUCUCGAUGACUCCUGAGAGUGAGGCGUGGGUAGAGGACGUCCUUGGACAAGCCCGACGAAGCUCGUCCCUGAAGCCUUCCAGAUGCAAUGCACCACCCCAGGAGUCAGAACCCGUCCCAGUCAAAGUCCCGAGUUUACCAAAGUCUCGAAGCAUCAGUGACAUUGGCAAAGCUGGAUCAAGCCGACGAAUCGCAUUGCGAGGGCUAGGCAACCGGUGAUUCCGACAUCUUUACAUUUCCCCUUUAUCAUCCACCAAUACCUACCUCCGACCUCUCUUCCCUCAGUAUCCUCCUCCAUUCCUCAUCUUUUUUUUUCCUCUCCGAUUAUUUCU